AUGAACGAUGACCUUGAAGGCAUUGACGAUGACUUUGAUUUCGACGACGACUUAUUGGCAGCAGCUGUAGAACAAGCCGAGAAGCAGGCAGCCAAACAGAACGAGAAGCAGCAGGAACAGCCGAUCGUGAUUGACAAUGACGACGACGAUGACGACGAAUUUGACGAUCUCGACACAGACUGCCUCAUACUUGCCACUGAAACAGCCGAGAAGCAACGCAAUAUUGUUCAACGUCCUGGGAUGCAGCAGCCUUUGACUAGUUUCUUUUCAUCGACAAGCCAACGACAACAACAACAAAGUAGCAUCAGCAAUCGAUCACAGCCAUCAUCAUCAUCCAUAUCCACCAGCUCAAUCCUGUUAGGAAGCAAUGACUUUGAUAACCCUCCCACACCACCACCGCCUCCUCCAGCAGAUACACCAUGUGCUCAUGUAUUUGAUGCCAAUGAAUUGCCUACAUGGAUCUAUCCAAUCAACUAUCCUUUGCGUUUAUAUCAAUUCAACAUUGUCAAAAAGGCGCUAUUUCACAACACGUUGGUGGCACUUCCAACAGGCUUAGGCAAAACGUUUAUCGCGGCAGUGGUUAUGUUCAAUUAUUGGCGAUGGUUUCCACAAUCCAAGAUCAUUUUUAUGGCACCUACAAAGCCAUUGGUGACGCAACAGAUCGAGGCAUGCUUCAAAGUGUGUGGUAUUCCGCAGUCAGAGCUUAUUGAGAUCACGGGACAAAGCAAUCGUGGCAAGCGCAAGGAAAUGUGGCGUUCACAUCGCGUCUUUUUCAUGACACCUCAAACGCUCAAGAAUGAUCUCGAAUCACGCAUAUGCCCUGCACAUCAGAUUGCAUGUAUUGUAGUGGAUGAAGCACACAAAGCUACUGGUGCAUACGCUUAUGGUGAAGUUGUCAAGUUGAUUUCACGUGAACAAGAUCAAUAUCGGGUCCUUGCAUUGACAGCUACACCAGGCACCAAUUUGAUGAAUGUUCAAACAGUCGUCUCGCAAUUACAUAUCACCAAUAUCCAGAUCCGCACCGAAGAGUCGAUGGAUAUUCAAGAAUACUCCUAUGGCAAACGUAUCCAGCACAUCACUGUACGACUCAGCUACAUGGAAGGUGCAAUGGGCGUAGUGCCAGAGAUCAUGAGCCAAUUUCGCGACAAGUUUUUUCAACCUGUUCUUAAUCGAUUGAAUCGCUUUCAAGCUGUCUUCACCACUGAUCCAGAACGCAACACGCCAUUUGGAUUGCUACAGGCACAGAAGCAUUUUUCGGCCAAUGCACGCAACAUGAACUAUGCUGUCAAGUCGAUGGUUGCUACCGAUUUUAGCAUUGCUCAAGCUCUUUCACGUGCAUACGACUAUCUUGUACACCAUGGCAUUGCACCCUUUGUGGAACAUCUUGAAAGCUUUCUCAAGGAUCUUCAGGAUAUUGUCGACUCUGGAAAGAAUCUACCCAAGGAGAAGUACAAGCUCUUGCGUGAUUAUCAGUUCAAGAACAUGAUUGAGGAUCUUAAGCAGCGCCAAAUGCAACCUGGGUUCAUGGGUCAUCCCAAAAUGGAACGUCUCUUAUCCACCGUGUUGGAUCAUCUCAGUAACAACAAUGAGCAAGAUACCCGUAUUAUUGUCUUUUCGUCGUUUCGAUCUUCAGUCAAUGAAAUUAUUCGCGUCCUUGAUCAGCACAAGCCGAUGGUGAAUUGCUCAUUGUUUGUUGGUCAAGCUGGUGGCAGAGAUGGAAGAAAAGGUCUUAAUCAAAGAGAACAAAAAGAGAUUGUCGAGCGAUUCAAGCGUGGAGAACUCAAUGUAUUGGUGGCUACUGCUAUUGGAGAAGAAGGAUUGGAUAUUGGCGAAGUGGAUUUGAUCAUUUGCUAUGACUCUCAAAGUUCACCUAUUCGUAUGCUUCAACGCAUGGGACGUACAGGAAGAAAGCGCCAAGGACGAUGUGUGAUGAUUAUGACUGAGCAAGAAGAACGCAAGUAUAGCCAGGCCAAAGCUGCAUAUAACCAAGUACAACGAGCCAUUGCCAGAGGUGGAGAUAUCGAGUAUCACGCAUCCAAUCCAUCUGUUUUGCCCGAGAAGUAUCGUCCAGUGUGGUUUCAAAAACGGCUUGACAUUGGAACAUUUUUCAAGCCCACGGGUCGCAAAUCAAGGAAGACAAAAGUUGUCGAGUCGAAUGGGACAUUGAAUGAUGCGACACGACAAGAGUUUCUACACAGCCUUGGUUCAGCUACUUUGGAGGAAGCUUUCGAGAAACAUUGGCCGCCCAAAGAAAGGUCACCAAUUGAAAGAGCAAAGCGAUACUUGCCUGCCAAUGCUCAGCCUACCAGCCAUCAUCGUGUCGGUCAUAGUCAACGUACAAUGCAAUUCGUAUCUAUCAUCAAGAGUAUGGAACGACGCUUGUUACGUGAAUUGAUGAAUGCUGAUGAAUCCAGUCAACCCGGUAGCAGUCAACCGCAAUUCAACAACGACGAAUUAAUCAUGCCAACACGGCCAUCGCGUACAACUGACGAGCUCAUUUUACCCACUCCUAUUCGCCCUCGGCAACCGGGUCCAAAGCAAUCCACUCUUUCGACAUUCUUGAACAAAGGCAAGGCACCAGUGAACAACAAUCAUCGACAGCCACCUCAAGCAGAAGCAACACGUGGUGAUGACAAUAACAUUGCAAUGUUGGAUGAUAUCGUUGGUCAGCGUGUAGAAAAUAAUGAUGACAUUCAAACAGCGAAGCGUAAGGCAACCACACCUCCCACUGUACCUGAGAAAAGACCUCGCAUUGGAUCUCCUUCACGUGAUGAGGAUAUUGAGAUUGAUUUGGAUCUUGGAAGCGAUGAUGAUGUUGUUGAUGCACCACCACCACCACCACCACAACAACAACAACAACAACAACAACAACAACAACAACAACAACAACAACAACAACAACAACAACAACAACAACAACAACAACAACAACAACAACAACAACAACAACAACAACAACAACAACAACAACAACCAACAGCGCCUGUUACUACUACUACUGUAGCAACAUCCAAUACCGAUUAUGAUCAACUUGUUGCCGAGUUUGAUUUCGAUUAUUGCACGCAAGAUCUCCAAGAUGAUAAGCAGCAAGAUGAGAGCUUCGAGCGUAUUCUUCCACCUGAACUCAGUAAAACGGCCCCUUUGAUGGAUGAAUCACCUGUGAGAACAUCCUCCAAUCCACAAACGCCUAUUAUGAAGGAUGAUGUCAAUAUUCCACCUGCUAUGCUCAAAUGGCUCACCACUCGACCACCUCCUUUCAGCGAGACGGCAGCUGUGUUGGUUCGGGAAAGAAUGAAUGUGAUCAAGAUCAAAGCGUGGCUUACCGAGGAGACGACAACGGCACCUCCUCCAACCAAGGCUCGAUCUUCAACACCUUCUUUUGGCGACGAUGACGAUUUUGAAAUCGACUUUGAGAUGUUAGAAGCAUUGGAGAACAAGAUACCCAUUCAAGAUACACCGUUUGAUGCUUCCUUUUAUCAAAUGCUGGAAAAUAAGGUUGGAGAGGAUUAUGAAGGUGCCCCAUCAUCUUUUCAUGGUCCUGCUGACGAAGAUGAUUUACCAUCGCCCCAUACAGGAUUGCAGAGACCCGUCCACCACAACCCAAUAGCUUCAUCUUCACGACCAUCACCAUCGUCAUCCAAAGACAAAAGACCAUCACAACCAUUAUCAUCAUCUGUACAACCACCACCAUUACAACCUUCAUCUCCACAGCAACAACAACAACAACCGCCAAUAGAAUCACCACAGCAACGAGAAAAAGUGCCAUCAUCACCUGAUCGAUUCAUUCAAACCACACCAAUACGUGAUGACCUAUCUGACAAGACCUUAUCACCUUCACCUUUGCGAAGAGCCAUGUUGAAUGAUCAAGGGAAUCACACCACUCGUGUUGAAUUUAUGCCACCAUCACCUCUUUCACGACGACGACGUCCACCGCCACCGCCACCGCCACCUUCUGCUAUCAUUGAUAUCCGGUCACCUGAUAACAACAAAGCAUCAUCCCCAUUACGCAAAUCCAUCACUGUGAACGAAGCCAGAUCAAUAGUAUCAUCAUCAUCGCCAACACAUGCACACAUUAUCAUAUCACCAGAGCGAUCAAGGUUCUCUUCACCAUCCCCUGUGUUUGCACGUCGCCGUCGAAAUGCAAAAAUACGUAUUGCUUCGGAUGAUGAUGAAGCCGACAAUGAUGAGAAAUCCAUACCCGUACCUGAGGAUAUGAAUAGCAACGAUUCAGAUGAUGAUGGACAACGACAACGACACAAACGUAAUCGACAUCAUAACCCAUUUCUGGACUUGGAAGCUGAGCUCAGCAGCGAUGAAGAAAACAACACAAAGGGACGACAACGACGAGCUGCCAGCGAUGAUGGUGAUGAAGAAGAAAGUGGUAGUAAUACAACCGAUUUAUCGCGUAUGGAUUCUUCGUUUAUUGACGACGAUGAAGAGGGUGGUGAAGCAGCAUCAGCUGAGGAUGUACAAAACAUUUAUCGGAUCAGCUUAAUGAGCCAGCAACCACCACGUGAUGGGGAGAAGGCAGUGUUUAGUGCAAGGCGCAAGACUUGGCUCGACAAGUUUCAUGCUGAGAAAUGGCUCCAACCCCAGAUGGAAGAUGACGACGAGGAUGAUAUUGUCAACAUGAGCAGGCUCACCGAAGAAGCUGAAAAUGAAAAAUUAGCUUUAGAAGUAUUGAGUAGUAAUGACGAUGAUGAUGACUUUAUGUAA